AUGACUGACGUUGUUGCUAGUUUUGCCUUGGAGAACUUGAAAAAUUUGCUCAUCCAUGAAGCAAAUUUGUUUCGUAGAGUGAAGGACGAUGUUAAUUUGCUUCAAGAUGAUUUUGGCUUUAUGGAUGCCUUUCUCAAAGAUUCUGAAGAGAAAGGAGAUGAUCAUUACAUGGUGAAGGAGUUAAUCAACCAAAUUAGAGACGCUGCUUUUGAGGCUGAGGAUGUCAUAAACACAUACAUGGCUCAAGUUAUUAAGCAACGGAGGAGGAACCUGCUGCUGAAACGCCUCCAUUGCUUUGAUCAUGCAGCCGUGCUUCACCAUGUUGCCGAGAAAACCCCCAGCAUCAAAAGAAAGAUUGAGAAUAUUUAUGCCAAUAAAACAGCAUUUGGCAUAGAAGCUCAAUCUCAUGCAGAUGAAGAGGCAGAACAAUCACUUCAACAACGCCGGAGAAAUGUUGAGGAAGAGGAUGUGGUGGGCUUUGGUGAUGACACAGCAAAAUUGGUCGAUCGGCUUCUCGAUCGAGGCAGAUUACAACGCAAGGUAAUUUCAAUAAUAGGCAUGGGUGGUUUGGGAAAGACCACGCUUGCUAGAAAAAUUUACAACAACAAUCAUAUCAAGAAUCAUUUUGAUCACUGUGCAUGGGUUAGUGUAUCUAAAGAAUACAAAACCAGGAUGUUGAUUCUUGAUAUAUUGGAGUGUGUUGGGCAUAUAUCAGACGAAAAACCAUAUAAAAUGUCCGACGAACAACUUAAAGUCACAUUGCGUGACAACUUGAAAGGAAAGAGAUAUUUUGUCGUCAUGGAUGAUGUGUGGAAACCUCACUUUUGGGAUGAGAUAAGAGCAUGUUUUCCCGACGACUCAAAUGGAAGCAGAAUUUUAAUCACCAGUCGGGAAAAAGAAGUUGCCUCGCAUGCUAGCUCAACUCCUCCUUAUUUUUUACCAUUUCUUGAUAAGGAAACAAGUUGGAAACUCUUGUGCAAGAAGGUGUUUCGAGGAGAAAAAUAUCCUUCAAAUCUAGAAAGUCUCGGGCGGCAACUUGCUGAAAGUUGUAAAGGUUUACCACUUUCUAUUGUGGUAUUGGGAGGUAUUCUGGCAAACAAAGAGAAGACACAACAAACAUGGUCCAAAUUUAUUGGCAAUGUCAAUUGGUUCCUCAUCGACGAUGAUAACAAGCGUUGUUCAGAUAUUCUUGCUCUGAGCUACAAGCACUUGCCACGUAAAUUAAGACUAUGUUUCUUGUAUGUCGGUGUCUUCCCUGAAGAUUUUCUGAUCCCUGCAAGGACAUUAAUUCAAAUGUGGGUUGCUGAAGGAUUCAUAUCUGUUCAACAUGACAGCAGAAAGAUGGAUGAAAUUGAUGUUGCUGAAUACUACUUGGAACAGCUCAUCGAUCGAAGUUUGAUCCAGGUAGCAAGUAGGAGAAGCCACGGAGGCGUGAAGACUUGUCGUAUCCAUGAUCUUGUAAGAGAUUUCUGCAUAAAGAUGAGCAUUCAAGAGAAAUUUUAUGAGGUUCGUGUGAAUAAUGCUGACCUUAGAUGUUCAUCAAGUAGUACCAUCCCUCGAAGACUAUCCAUACAAGGUAACAUUGAUUCUGAAAGCAUUUCCUCCCCAAGCACUAUCAAUGAUUCAAUUUCUGUUGGGUCUUUGUUGUUAUUUACCUCAUAUUUUAAUUACAACCCUUUGAAAUGGGCUUCGAAGAACUUCAAGUUUAUCCGGUUGUUGUCCGUUGAGGUUAUGUAUUCAUCUCAUCUAUCGCCUACUUUUCUUAAUGAAAUAGGACAGCUAGUAUUUCUAAGAUACCUUAAAAUAGCAUUUUGGGCAGGCCAUAAGCAAAUAUUUGUUAUGCGGAAUCCAUUUGUUGUUUGGAAAUCAUUUCCUGCUUCCAUAUGCAAGCUUCCAUAUCUUGAAACAAUUCAAUUGACACAGAUUAGUAUGUGCAUUCCAAAUAAGAUAUGGAUGAUGAAGCAAUUAAGAUAUCUCUAUGUGAAUCCUAGAAUAGAAUUACAACCACCUUCAAAAGUUGGUCACACUUUAAGCAACCUGAAAGUCCUUUCCUGUGUACAAGUUGAUGAGAAAACUUCUAUUCUCUUUCGAAAAUCUUUGUUCCCAAAUUUGAGGAAACUGCAUUUAAUAAUUAAAUGGGAAAGCGAGAUUGAUGAAUCUGUGGCGUCAGAAACAUUGGCAAGUCUAGAGUCUUUGCAAAACCUGCAAAUCUUGAAAUUGAGUUGGUUCGAAUUCGGGCAACGGUUGGAUUUGUUCCCAUCAUCAUCAUCAAAACUCACCAAGAUUACAUUUGAAAGUUGCAAAUUCUUGGACUCAAACCACUUGAUGGAAAGUCUUGGGAAAGUUGCCAACUUACGAAUCCUAAAGAUUAGAGGAUGUGACAUGUCUUCGCGGCAGCUACAUUUCAUGCAGUUGGAAGUCUUUAAAAUGAUUGGUUUAAGAGAUAUUGAAACGUGGGAACUGGAGACACAUGCAAUGCCUAACCUUCAGCAUCUGGUUAUCGAUGGAUGUGCAGAUUUGAGAAAUCUUCCAGAUGAACUCUGGAGCUUGGCUAACCUCAGAAUGGUACAGGGUAUUGUGAAGAAGGAGGACGUGGAUUUGUAUAUGAAGCUCAAGGGUGGUGUUGCAUGGUGGAAGCAGAUGCCUAAGCUUGCUGUUUCACUUGGCCUCUCUGAUAAAAUGCCUGUGUUCAGUGUGCGAUUUGACGGUCCGAUAAUGGAAAUCGGCAAGGAUUCGGGAAUGGAGGACAGGGGUUUUGAGGUGGAGACUUGCAUUACACGUACUCUACCCCCAGCAUUGACACUUGAGAAGGGAUUAGAGAGUAUCAAAGAUGCUGUGGGGAAGUUGAAGCUGAAUCCUCCUUUUACCUCCAGUGGGUUCUUUCGGUUUCAGUACGAAAGCUUUGGAUUGGUUUGCCUAUUAGUCAGAGUCUUCCGAGGUUUUUCCUCUAUUUUUAUGUCGAGGGAAACAGAAAAUCCUGAUUGUAAAUCGCUUUAUGUGAAUGAAACCGUUGGAGUUUUUGGAAUUGGGUCUGCUGUUCACUUUACAUGGAGUUCUACUUCUAUCUCAAGAGAGAAGACAACGACCAAAAGUGCUGCCAAUAGCAUCUCUGUUUUCAUUCCUUUAUUUCACGCGAGGGUUAUUAUUGAUAGGAAUACUGGGAGGUCUAGGGGAUUCGGUUUUGUCAACUUCUCCAGCGAUGACUCUGCUAGCUCGGCACUAUCUGCAAUGGAUGGCCAGGAUUUACAAGGGCGUCAUAUUCGUGUGAGUUAUGCUACUGAGCGGUCCGAAUCUAGUGGUAGAUCCUUUGGUGGCGGUGGUGGCGGAGGUUAUCGUGGUGGUGGUGGUGGUUUUGGUGGAGGCCGGGGUGGGGAUUUUGACUUUUAAGUAUGCAUUCCCUUGCUGUCCAUUUAGGCUUCUUGCUUCAUUAGUUGUUUAGAAUUAAGUUGCAUGAUUUGUCUCUUUUUAAUUUGCUCUUCGUACUACAUUUUUCAGUGAUUGCUCUAAUAUAUGAAGCAAUUUGU